UGUUGAUUUUACGCUAAAUCAGCAGCCGACGAAUAUGCUCGCCACAUAGCAAUGAACUUGAGCCCUGAAUCCUCUGAUUGCAAUCAAUUUAUUAAAAGCAAACUUUACCGGACCAGCGGAAAAUGUGCGAUAUAUGCGCGCCAAUCGGAGGUAUAUGUCCAGGUGAAGCCGACUCCAACACCUCGAGUCAGUGCACCAGCACCAGCCAUGGCGGAGACUAACAACAACAUAACCCACAUUCGGCAUGACAUUUGGUUCCACAUAGCCAUGCAUAUAGAUCCGGAGGACGUGCAGACAUUCGCCCUGAUAUGCAAACAGACUGCCGGGCUUGUGAGUUCACGAGCAUUCUGGCGGAACCUGUAUAAACGGUGCUGCGCGGGCGAGACGUUGGGCUGGAACCUUGGCUUGCCGGCCCAGUUGCAGAUGGAGCACAUACGUGGCUGUGAUACAAAUACUUUGCGAUCGCUUGUCAUUAAGGCGCUCUUUUACUGCCACAGACCCUUGAAAGUGCGACUAGACCAGGGAUACAAUCUCGACUGGCUGGUGCAUCGUACCUUUGUCUCAUGCUGGCAAAAACAAUAUCAAUGCCUGUGGAUAAUGUGUUAUAAGCUGUGGAAUAAGCAGCCUGCAGGAGUAAACGUUGAAGAGGCGGAGGCCCCGGCCAUCGAAGUGGUAAACGAUUGGGAGUCUCUGGCAGAAGAGGACGAAGCGCAGCUUCCACCAGCUAUUGGCAAUCCAAACGAAGGAGUGGUGCUACUGGUGGUGCUAUGCCGCCAGUUUGUGCCUACACCUACGCGAUUGGCCUAUAGUCAACAGCAGGCGCGGUUUCGCCUCAGAGCCACCCGGGAGCUGCUCUGCACAGAUAUGCGGGCGAAGAACUUGGAGCUAGACUUCGCCGAGGAGAGCUGCAGCGCAGCGACUGUCACUGUAAAGUACGCGCGCAUAGAAAAGUACAAAGUAUUGCCAUGGUGGCAUCCAGACUUCCAGAGAUUUGUCAAAUAAACGCCUAGUUACACUUGCCUAUUACACUGGCUUCAUUAUCAUCAGAA